AUGGCAGAUUCGGACUCCAACAUCACGGGUGAGGGCCAACCCAGUGAUAUACCCGACGACGCCGCCUUCAACCUGCCCACCGGUCCUCUGAGCCCGUCCAUCGUCUUUGGGAUCGCCUCCCCAACAUAUAAUCCCUCUUUCACGUCGGCCACCUCAUCUGCACUCAUCUCUCCGCCCCAAUCCACCGUCGGAACAGAGUGUAACGACAACGAAAACGACCAAGAUAACGACUACGACGCUGACACAGACGAUAACGGCAGCAUCAUGCCACCAGCCACCAAGAGGCAGCAGCACGACGGAGGCAGCGGCAACACAACCAGCAGCAGCAACAAUAACAACAACAAUAACCAAAUCCGCCUGCCCAUCAACGUCUUCCUAUACGGCACUCUUGCCGACCCCCACGUCCUCGCCUACUUUGCCCGCCUCCCGGGCCCACCCGUGCUGACCGACGCCAGCAUCUCUGGCUUCAAGCUGAUGAGGUGGGGCGGGGAUGGCGCCACCAUGAUGACCACGACCUGCCACGGCGGGCACCCGACCGUCAUUCCCGGCAGCCACGACACCGACGUCGUGCACGGCAAGGUCUGGGUCUGCCACACCAUGGAGCGCUUCCGCCUGCUGCAGCGCUACAAGACGAGCAUGUACUCGCACGCCCCCUGCGCCAUCGAGGUGCACAACGGCCCCGCCGUCGGCCGCAUCGUCCCCGGUCGCACUUUUUGCUGGCCCGCGUCCAGGGGGCUCGAGGGCCUAGAGCCCGUCAAGGGCGCCGCCGGUGGCCGCUGGGACCUGUCCGAGUAUCGCCGGUCAGAAACCUACCGAAUGAUCCUCGAGGCCACGAUAUGGGUCGACACGGCCGAGACCGAGGUCAGGCACCUGGAGCGCGGUCGGAAACAUCCACCAAGGCUGCCGUUGUAUAGCAGCUAG